AUGCAUGCGUUGGUGGUGCUCGUCGCUCUGGCCACCGCGCCUUCGCGUGGAGGGAAGAUGAGCUGCCCCAAAAACCACUACCUGACCGGGAGCAUGUGUGUUGAGUGCGCUGCGGCGAUAAAGUGGUGCCUGGAGUGCACCGGGGCAGGCGCGUGCACGAGGUGCGCUUCCGGGGCGUAUCUCGAGGGAGGGUACUGCAAGCCGUGCGAUCCCACCUGUGAGCGCUGCACCGGCCCGGGGAAGUGCACGGCGUGCAGCGAGGCCCACUGCAGAGCACAGGACGGGACAUGCAAGGAGCCCAAGGACUUAUAUACAGGGUGUAGCAAGUGCGUCCAUGACACAGGAAAGUGCAUGACCUGCGCAGAGGGGUACUUCCACUCGGGCGCGGGAUCAACCCCCUGCACAAAGUGUGCUGAUAACUGUCUAUCCUGCAAGAGCGCCACUGAGUGCACGAGGGCCGCCUCAGGGUACUAUGUUAACCCCUCGACGAAGAGUCCAGCUGCCUGUACCGGUACUAACUGUGACACUUGCGCAGAUGAUGGAGCAUGCACUGUCUGCAAGCCAGGUUAUAGGCUUUCUACGCCAUCAACAACGUCACAAUCAGCAACAUGUGUAAGUUGUACUGGCAAUUGCAGCACGUGCGAUUCCAGCAAGUGCACUUUCUGCAUGCCCGGCUAUGCCCUCACUUCUGACAGUACCUGCCAGGCGUGUCAGCAAGGCUGCGCUAUCUGCGCCGAUGAUGAGCGCCAGUUUCCUGGCAAAUGUCUCUCCACUGGCUGCGCACAAGGUUACUAUUACCAUUCGUACGCAAAGGUGUGUGCCAAGUGUCCAACUAAUUGUGCCGACUGCUACUACGACGAGGCACACAGCAUUCCUGUUUGUACCCGGUGUACGGACUCGUCCCAACUCACGGUAGGACCAAAGAUAUAUGGCAUUUGGUGCUCUGAUCUACCGACCAAAAGUUGUAAGAGUAACGAGUUUUUAGAAAACGGCUUUUGCGUCCCCUGCUACGGGGCCAUCAUGAACUGUAUAGGAUGCAGCGACCGCUUCCGCUGCACUGAAUGCUUGCCUGGCUACUACUUGUACGACAACCUCUGUGUCCGGUGCGACGACAACUGCCUUGCUUGUGAGAACACUGCGACAAACUGCACCAAUUGCGAUGAUGGCUUUGUCCUGCAGAAUGGCACAUGCGUUAAAGUGGGCUUGGUGAUAGAGAACUGUCUCCACGCGGAUAAUACCACAGAUCCAACCAAAGGCUGCAGCACGUGUCGGGGCGGCUUUUACGUAGCUGACGGUGCGUGCAAGAAGUGUGUGGAUAACUGUCAGUUGUGCAAGGGACCGGAGAUUUCGAACUGCAUACUAGGAUUCAAUGGCUAUCGGUAUGAUAGCUACAAGAAUACGUUGGAAAAGUGUGAGGAUCCCAACUGUGAGCUGUGCGCAGAAACAGCAAAGUAUUGCGGCACUUGCAAACUAGGAUUUUACAUAUCACCUGAUGAUCAGAAGUGUGCGAAAGGACAAGUAGAGAAUUGCAAGGUCUAUACAUAUGACGGCUCUGCAUGCAGCGAGUGCCUAGCCGGCUAUGGCAUUUCAGUUGAUGGAGAUCGGUGCUCCCCGUGCUUGGAAGGCUGCAAGGGAGAGUGCACAGACACUACUUGUGAGUCUGGCGUGUGUGUGCAGGGAUACUAUUUCGCUGAAGGGGAUACGUGUCUAACGUGUCCGAGCGAAUGUGCGUCCUAUAUGGCAAACAGCAAGAAGCUGGUCUCUUGCGAUCGGUGCACGUCUGGCCAGGUUUUCGCCAUCAGCUCAGUCAUGGGUCUCUACUGCGGUAAGCUGGACUCUAACUUCUCCAGCAGGGGUGCAGGACUCAUCUCUACGAUUGUUAUCUUGGGCCUCAUCAUCGUCGGUUUCAUCGUGGCUACUCCGUUCCUCGUCAAGCUUGCGAAGAAGCGGGGGGUCCGAGUUAGCAAAUUACGCAGCAUAAAUUCCGGGUCAGAGAGCCACAACGAGUUCCUUCUAGAGGAGCCGGAUCUUCUGUGA